AUGCGCGGCCCGGCCCCGCCGGACGGUGCGCAGGCGCAGCGCCGCGCGCGGGCCAAGAUGGCGGCCGGGAGCGCGUCGCGCUGGGUCGGGGCGGCCGCGGGGCGCGGGGCGGGGAACGCGCGGCCGCCGCUGCUGCUGCUGCUCCGCGGGCUCCGCGUCCCGCCCGCCCGCGCCCCGCGCCGCCUCCUGCUGCUCCGUGCCGGGCUCUGCGCCGCGGGGACGAAACGCGCUGCCGCCGCCGCCGCCGCCGCCUUCCACAGCAGCGCGGCGCGCGCCAAGGAGGACUAUUACCAGGUGCUGGGGGUGCCCCGCACCGCCACGCAGAAGGAGAUCAAGAAGGCCUAUUACCAGUUGGCAAAGAAAUACCAUCCUGACACAAACAAGGAUGACCCUAAAGCAAAGGAGAAGUUCUCUCAGCUGGCAGAAGCCUAUGAGGUGCUGAGUGACGAGGUGAAGAGGAAGCAGUACGAUGCCUACGGCACAGCGAGCUUCGAGGCCGGCGCGGCCGGGGCCGGGGCUGGCGCGGGGCGGCAGUACUGGAGCAGCGGCCCCUCCAUCGACCCCGAGGAGCUCUUCAGGAAGAUCUUUGGGGAGUUCUCAGGGUCCCCUUUCGGCGAUUUUCAGACUGUCUUUGACCAGCCACAGGAGUAUAUCAUGGAACUGACGUUCACCCAAGCUGCAAAAGGCGUUAACAAGGAGAUUGUGGUGAACAUCCAGGACUCCUGUGUGCGCUGCGAUGGCAAGGGACACGAACCUGGCACCAAAGCUCAGCGCUGUCACUACUGCAAUGGCACGGGCAUGGAGACGAUCAACACGGGCCCGUUCGUGAUGCGCUCCACGUGCCGGCGCUGCGCCGGCCGCGGCUCCAUCAUCACCACGCCCUGCGUCGUGUGCCGGGGCACGGGGCAGACCAAGCAGAAGAAGACAGUGAUGGUUCCUGUGCCAGCUGGUGUUGAGGACGGGCAGACAGUUCGCAUGCCUGUGGGGAAGAAAGAAAUUUUCAUUACGUUCAGGGUUCAGAAGAGCUCUGUGUUCCGACGAAAUGGAGCCGACAUCCACUCGGAUCUCCUGAUCUCAGUAGCUCAGGCCGUGCUGGGAGGCACAGCCCGGUGUCAAGGCUUGUAUGAGACAAUCAACAUCACAAUACCCCCUGGUAUUCAGCCAGACCAGAGGAUUCGAAUGAGUGGGAAAGGCAUUCCCAAGGUCAACAGCUAUGGCUAUGGAGACCACUACAUCCACAUAAAGAUAAAGGUUCCUCAGAGGCUGACGGAUCGCCAGCGAGCCUUAAUGAUGAGCUACGCCGAGGACGAGGCCGACGUGGACGGCACCGUGAACGGGGUCACCAACACAGCGUCAGGUGGCAGGGCCACGGCUAGCGCUGACGCAGGCGGGGAUAGGCCUGAGGCUCAGGAGAGCAAGGAGGGAUUCCUUUCCAAACUUAAGAAAAUGUUUACCUCCUGACACCCCAGCCGAGGGAAACGUUCUACUGGGAACUAGGAGCCAGCAGCAGCAAGUCAUCCAUGCAGUUGGGGGUGAACCUUUCUGGCAGCCAGGCUCUGGAGAACACAGGAUGUCAGUCAGCAGCACAGCAAGAAUCCCAGCUGGAGAGGCUAUGGACCACCACAAACCCCACCCACUGUCCUAGGAACCGGCAGUGAAGGAAAACACCAGCUUUGUAGAAGCGUGGCUCUCUGGAGGCUGCUCCACAACCCUACUGCUGCUGGAUGCUUAUUUGGUAAAAAUUAAAGUUGAAGUAUUAUUUAGAAUCCAAACCAGAGGAAAUGUGAAGUAAAUUUUCCAGCAGAGAGCAGCAGUUUGCUGUAUGGAGGACAAGCACACCAGCUGCUCACUCAGGUGCCCUUUGGAAUGCCAGGUGUGCCUGGUGAAGUCUCCAGGAGACUUGGUGGGUCAGGGAGGUCUAACCUUGUCUUCAUGACAGCCCUGCUGCCCUGCACAGCUCCAAGUGCAUCUCCCUGUGGCUGGGCGUUGUCUGAGCCCAGCAGGCCUGGCUCCCUCGCAGCCCUGGGCUUUCUCUAUCCUGCUGAUUGCCUGCACAGAGCAGUGAUGGAAUCUGCACUUUGCCUCAAGUUUAUCCCCCAAAUAACUAAAGUUACCACACAACUGCUGUCGCUUCUGGACUGGUGCAAGUCGAUCGCUGAGCCCUUUGCCAGUUGGGGACAAAAAUAUUUUAUUACCCUAGUGCAACACCCGUAGCGUAAAAGAUUGGUCAAAGCAUCGUUGUUUUACUUGUGUGAGAGUGCAAGUGAGGUGGAUCACUCCUUCCAGAUGCAGCUGAGCUCCUGCAGUGAGUAUUCCAUGGUUGCUGUAGCCUGCUGUGUUUGUGAUACCGUGCAGGUACCAUCAGCCCACGUACUAAUCAGUUCAACACCAGUUAAACAGGGACAUGCUGUAGUCUUGCCCUUCUUAAUUUGCUGAAAUAAAGCACGUGUUGCCUCCUGAUUAAACUUCUGUAAAGUGAUUCUGUACCCAUGUAAAUAAGAUGGACUUCAUAAAGAUAUUUAACACGU